AUGCUGAAAAAAGUAAUCCCGCUAUCGGAAUUAAGUGAUGAUGGUUACUGCUUGACAGUGCGUGCCAUCGAUGACCAUGGACGUUCGGAAACGGCAGUGGUAGCAAUUAAUUCUAAUGGUUUUGCUAAAAACUGUCGAAAAAUGGACAAAUUCGAUGGUUUUCUACCACUAGUUUAUAUUGCUGCUGGGACUGCCCCUUUAAAAUCUGCGUCCGAAACCACGACAAGUGGUUCUACCACAGACUCUUCGGACUUGACGAAUUUUUAUACUGUUCUAUGGCCAACUGCUGAUCCGCACGCUGGUUUUUCCUCGAAAGAUAACGAAACAGAUCAUAUAAAUGAAUCGUUGGUUAGAACCACGUCAGAGGAACUGGAAUACGAAACAACAAUGAUCGAAUCCGACGAAUCCCCAAUCACUCCCGCUUCGAAGGUAAAUGAUAGAGAAUCUUUGAAACUGAUGAUUUCACAGUCAAGUUUUGAGCCUUCCCCUGGUUCGGAUCUCGGUCCAAUCUCAGGCACAGUUUCAGAAUCGGUUUCUUUUGCUGAACAAGGUUCGGGCCUUGUUACAGCUUCUGUAAAAAGCCUCUCUAAUGGCUCCAGUUUCCUCACUAAAACCAGCUUGAUUCAGUUUUCUGUUGCCAGCUUCUUAACAUCUCUGGAUGCAAGCGACACCGCAAAGUUAUGGAGCAGCACGGAAGCUGCUUCUGAAAAAGGCGAUAGUGCGGUUGGCACAAGAACUACAGCUGCAGAUGGUGGUGACGCUACUGGAGCAGGAGAUUUUUUUUCGAAAAAUACCUCUGAAGGAAUAAGUAACUCUGAUAACGAUAGCGGACUUGUCAGUCUUUCCACAAAUAGACUUACCCAUGAUAGCUCUGCUGAAACUAAUAGCAAACAAAGUAACGAGAAGGAAGGAAGCGAUUCGAGGUACCAUACUAAUGCAGCUGUGCCUGACGGGGUUUCGGUUACGCCCGGAAGCGAAAAUUCGAUAAGUGCAUCGAGCCCAUCCAGCUCGGAGAUUGCUGAAUCAGGCUCGGUGGGUAUCAGUGAGACGUCGACGAAUGAUAACGGUUUGCUUCAUAAAAUUGUAACUGGUACUGAAGUUGACGUAGACCGUAAUUCCGAAACCAGUGGUAAUUCCGAUGACAGUAAGUUGUCAGCUACAGCUGCUAGUCCAGAUGCGAACUCUGCUGUGAUUGCACAAAACUUCUCAAAACUCUUUGAAACAAGCACCGGCACUGCUUACUCAUCUCAUUUCACAGUAGAACCAGCGGAUCUAUCUCCUGAUCAGUGGGAAAUCUUUGGAAGCACAUCACCAACUUCGUUUAUCUACAACAUCAGUGUUUCAAACGGUAUGUAUUUCCAGAUUCCAUUGGAGAGCUUGGGAACCUCACUACUAUUUCCCGAAAAUACUGGAAUUCUCACCACGGAGGUUGAUACGACUGUGGAAAUUUUGGAUACAGCGGGAUCGUGGGCAGAUGGCUCGGAGUAUAUCCAAUCCGGAAGCCCAUCGCUAGCGGAAUUCACGGUAACCAGCUCAGUGCUGCCGACAUUCGAAGGUACAGAAACAUCCGAGGAAAAAGGUGAUAAAGGACCAAUGCUUGAAGUGAUUCGGCCCGAUUCCGGUGGAACCUUUUUGGAUUCCGGUAAAGCAGAAAAUUUUGCUGCAAUAGCCUGUCAUUUGAAGAACUCACAGCCAAUCUGGAGUCUCAUCUGUGAUCUCAGUAAAACAGCUCGAAUUAAAAGGAUUACUCCGUGA